AUGGCGCAACCACUGCAGACCUUCUUUGACAACAAGCCGGUGGAAAAGGCGAAGAAAGAUCCUAAACGGAUGUCAGUGGAGAGGAUCUAUCAGAAGAAGACACAGUUGGAGCAUAUUUUGCUCCGACCAGACUCGUACAUCGGUUCUGUGGAGCCUGUCACCCAACAAAUGUGGGUGUAUGAUGAGGUGGAAGGACUGAACUGCCGUGAUGUGACGUUUGUGCCUGGACUUUACAAGAUUUUUGAUGAGAUCCUUGUUAAUGCAGCUGACAAUAAGCAGAGGGACAAGAGCAUGUCCUGCAUCAAGAUCAACAUCGAUGUUGAGAACAACACCAUCAGUGUGUGGAAUAAUGGGAAGGGUAUUCCUGUGGUGGAGCACAAGGUGGAGAAGGUCUAUGUGCCUGCUCUCAUCUUCGGACAGCUCCUCACCUCCAGCAACUAUAAUGACGACGAGAAGAAAGUCACCGGUGGACGCAACGGUUACGGUGCUAAGCUGUGCAACAUCUUCAGCACAAAGUUUACUGUAGAGACGUCCUGUAAAGCGUCAAAGAAGACCUUCAAGCAGACUUGGUAUGACAACAUGGGCAGGACAGGGGAUUCUAACAUCAAACCUUUUGAUGGAGAGGAAUACACUUGCAUCUCCUUCAGGCCAGACCUAGCCAAGUUUAAAAUGACUACCCUGGACAAAGACACAGUGGCUCUGAUGACCAGGAGAGCUUAUGACAUCGCUGGAGCCUCCAAGGGUGUCCGUGUGUUCUUCAAUAGCAAGAGGAUACCGCUUACAGGUUUCCGUAGCUACGUGGACAUGUAUGUGAAGGACAGGGUGGACGAUGUCGGUAACGCCCUCAACGUGAUCCACGAGAUCGUCAACGAUCGCUGGGAGGUCUGCCUCACCAUGAGCGAGAAAGGUUUCCAGCAAGUCAGCUUUGCCAACAGUAUUGCCACAACCAAGGGAGGGAGGCACGUUGACUAUGUGGCUGACCAGGUGGUUGCCAAGCUCAUUGAAGUGGUGAAGAAGAAGAAUAAAGCCGGGGUGGCCGUCAAGCCCUUCCAGGUGAAGAAUCACCUGUGGCUGUUCAUCAAUUGCCUGGUUGAGAACCCCACCUUUGACUCUCAGACCAAAGAGAACAUGACGCUGCAGCAGAAGAGCUUCGGGUCCACGUGUUCUUUCAGUGACAAGUUCAUCAAACAGGCCACUACCUGUGGGAUUGUGGAAAGCAUCAUGAACUGGGUGAAGUUCAAGGCUCAGACCCAGCUCAACAAGAAAUGCUCAAGUGUUAAACACACAAAAAUCAAAGGGGUGCCUAAACUGGACGACGCCAACGAUGCAGGUGGGAAGAACUCCAUCGGCUGCACACUGAUCCUCACUGAGGGAGACUCGGCCAAGACACUCGCUGUGUCCGGGCUGGGAGUGGUCGGUAGGGAUCGCUAUGGCGUCUUCCCUCUCAGAGGAAAAAUGCUCAACGUCCGGGAGGCCACACUCAAACAGAUCAUGGAUAACUCUGAAAUCAACAGCAUCAUUAAGAUCCUCGGCCUUCAGUACAAGAAGAACUACAGCGACCCAGAAUCCCUCAAGAGUCUGCGGUAUGGCAAGAUCAUGAUCAUGACAGAUCAGGAUCAAGAUGGCUCCCACAUUAAGGGCCUUGUCAUCAACUUCAUCCACCAUAACUGGCCGUCUUUGCUGCGCCACAACUUCCUGGAAGAGUUCAUCACCCCCAUCAUCAAGGUACACACCCAGCUGUCGUUCUACAGCAUCCCUGAAUUCAAUGCGUGGAAGGAGAAACAGACCAACACCAAAUCUUGGAAAAUAAAAUACUACAAAGGUUUGGGAACCAGCACAUCGCAGGAAGCCAAGGAGUACUUCUCUGAUAUGCAGAAACACCGUAUCCCAUUCAAGUACGCCGGACCUCAAGACGACGAAGCGAUCACCCUCGCCUUUAGCAAGAAGAAAGUGGAAGAGCGGAAAGAGUGGCUGACCAACUUCAUGGUCGACAGGCGGCAGCGCCGAGCUCACAACCUGCCGGAGGACUUCCUGUACGGUCAGUCCACCAAGUCCCUCUCGUACAACGACUUUGUCAACAAGGAGCUGGUGCUCUUCUCCAACUCUGACAACGAGCGCUCACUCCCCUGCCUGGUGGACGGUCUGAAACCAGGCCAGAGGAAGGUGCUGUUCAGUUGCUUCAAGAGGAACGACAAGCGGGAGGUGAAGGUGGCCCAGUUGGCCGGCUCUGUGGCUGAGAUGUCAGCCUACCACCACGGAGAGGUCUCUCUGAUGAUGACCAUUGUUGGUUUGGCCCAGAACUUUGUGGGAAGCAACAAUUUGAACAUGUUGCAGCCUCUGGGUCAGUUUGGAACCAGGCUGCACGGUGGCAAGGACUCGGCCAGCCCUCGAUACAUCUUCACCAUGCUCAGCCCUCUGGCUCGCCUCGUUUUCCCCCUUGUGGACGACAACCUGCUCAAGUACAACGUGGAUGACAACCAGCGCGUAGAGCCCGAGUGGUACAUGCCCAUCAUCCCCACUGUGCUGGUGAACGGCUCCGAGGGGAUCGGCACCGGCUGGGCCAGCAAGAUCCCCAACUACGACAUACGAGAGAUCGUCAGCAACAUCCACCGUAUGCUCGAUGGAGACGAGCCUCUGCCCAUGCUUCCAAACUACAAAGGCUUCAAAGGCACAAUUGAACACGUGGUGGACAACCAGUACAUCAUCAGUGGAGAGGUGGCCAUCAUUGAUUCCACCACCAUUGAGAUCUCUGAACUGCCGAUCAAAACCUGGACGCAGACCUACAAGGAGAACGUGCUGGAGGCGAUGAUGAAUGGCACGGAGAAGAUCCCUCCUCUGAUCACAGACUACAAGGAAUACCACACCGACACCACCGUGCGCUUCGUGGUCAAGAUGACACCAGAGAAGCUGAGUGAGGCGGAGGCUGCCGGCCUCCACAAAGUCUUCAAGCUUCAGAACACCCUCACCUGCAACUCCAUGGUUCUGUUCGACCCCAUGGGCAGCCUGAAGAAGUACGAGUCGGUGCAGGAUAUGCUCAAGGAGUUCUUUGAGUUGAGGAUGAAGUAUUACGUUCUGAGAAAGGAUUGGUUGGUCGGCAUGCUGGGGGCAGAGAGCGCUAAACUCACCAACCAGGCGCGCUUCAUCCUGGAGAAGAUCGAGGGCACCUUGGUCAUCGAGAACAAGCCAAAGAAGGAACUGAUUCGCAUGCUGCAGGAGAUGGGCUACGACUCCGACCCCGUCAAGGCUUGGAAACAGGCUCAAGAGAAGAAUGUGGAGAUUCAGGAGGAAGAGGAGGACGAAGGAACGGAGGAGGACACCAGCGGGCCCGACUACAACUACCUGCUCAGCAUGCCCAUGUGGUAUUUGACCAAAGAGAAGAAAGAUGAGCUGUGCAAACAGAGGGAUGCCAAGAUGACUGAGCUGAACACCCUGAAGAAGAGGAUCCCAGCAGACCUGUGGAAGGAGGACCUCGCUGCGUUCUGCGAGGAGCUGGAGAGAAUUGAGAAACAGGAAAAGGAUACUGCCGAUAUGCCCAUUGUUAAAAAGGGGGCUGGACGAGCGAAGGUGGUGAAGGUGAAGCAGGAGACGAUGCCGACGCCGCAGGGUCGUCGCAUUGUGCCGCGCAUUACCAGCACCAUGAAAGCCGACGCCAACAGGAAGGCUGAACUUAGGAAAGGAGAAGGAAAGAGGGGCAAAAAAAUCAAGAGUGAAAAUGUAGUGCUGAAGAUGGAGUUUGAAGAUGAUGCAGAAAACGCAGAGCCAAGUGAGAAUGUCGGUUUGGCUGCACGACUGAGCAAGAAAACCAAAACUCAGCCAAAGGAAAAAGCGUCAAAGAGCGGCAAGCAAAGCACUCUUCAGUUCAAGCCGGUUUCCAAGAAGAAUCCGUGGUCUGACGAGGAGUCGGAGAACGAGUUGGACAAUCUGUCCGACAUUGAAAUGGAGACGGAAGAGGCGGUCGCCCCGAGGGAAAAGAUCGGACGCGCAUCUAAAGCUGCGGUGAAGUACAGCGUGUCCGACAGUGAAAAUGAAUUUGAUGACGAGUGUAAGAAGGAUGCUCCCAAACGGAAAGCCGUUAUCAGCGAUGAUGACGAUACCAGCUUUGACCCAGAGCCCGCGUCUGACAGCGGCGAGGACUUUCCAGCCUCGCCUAGCCCAGCUCCAGAACCUGCGAAGAAAACGGCAAAGAGCAAAGCGUCCGUUACACAAGCUAAACCCAAGUCGAAGCUGUAAUUUGACGAUGCGAUGCCGGCUCUUAAAGCUCUUAAGCCUCCAGUUCAACGUAAAACCAAAGAGGCUGCACCCAAGAAAACAGCUGCUGCCAGGAAGCCCGCCGCGUCCAAGAAGAAGUCUCCAGAUGUGAAUCGUCCCUCCAUCCUGGACUCUCUCACUAAAGCUAAACCCGUGUCCAAAACCGCUGGCAAGAAGGUCUUUCAGUUAGACUCCAGUGACUCAGAGAGCGAAGACUCGGCUCCACUUUUAAAGGCGAAACCCGCUCUCAAACGGAAACAGGUGGUGAAUGACGACUCUGACAGCAGCUCGGGCGACCUCAUGUCUCGCCUCAAAGCCAAAACCACUGCCAGCAAGAAAUCCAAGAAGUGGGACGAGGACGACAGCUUCCAGUGUUCAGACCAGGAGGGAGCCGCUCCUGUAGCAGCGCGGGACAAGCCCGCUCGUGCCCGCAAAGCUAUAAACUACAUCUUGGAAAGCGACUCGGACGAAGAGCUUUAAACACCUUUUAAAGUGUCAGUUUUAGAUUUUGUAUUAAAGACAGGUUUUUACUAAGUUAAACAGUUGGUUCCUUGUAAUAAUAUGUCUUUGUUUUUAUCGCUUGAAGGAUGGUUGCGUUCAUGCUCCUAAAACAUUUGAUCUCAUUCCUUGUAGCAAAAAGUUUUUAAAAAGUUUCUCAUCCUGUCAAAGCAGCAGUAAAAGAAAUGUCUGGUGCUUGGACUUCGUGAAACAUGUUACUUAGUCUUGAAAUGUCCUUUUGUCAUGACCGUGUUUGUGUUUUGUCUUCUGUAAAUAUUUUAAUGGCUGUUCGUUUUAUAGUUAGAAAAAUAAAGUAGUUUGAACUGAU